CUUUCCGCAGCGUCAAGUUCGUUUACGCGGCGCGCUUUAUAGCAACCGUUGCCCCGAGCUGCAGCGCCAUAGUCACCGUAGUCCUGGCGACUGUAACCCACCAACAAUAACAACAACAACCUCCUCCUCUCCGCUCCAUCCUUACCACCACCUUCCUACCAUCCUCAUCCUCAUCCACACACUAGUCCAGGCGCCAUGCAGACCCCAGAGGCCGGCGCUGACUCCACGUCCAACGUGCCCCUCCAGACCAGCGUGCCUGUGCAGCCUGCGGUCAGUGGCCAGCAGGUGGCGUCUCAGGUGCCCGUCCAGCAGCAGGCGCAGACUGUUCAACAGGUCCAGCAUGUGUAUCAAGCACAGGUGCAGUACGUUCAGGAGGAAAACAAUGGCGUUUACACCAACGGAACCAUACGGACGUAUUCAUAUUCAGAACCGCAGCUGUACAACCAGAACAGUGGCGGGAACUACUUCGACACGCAGGGCAGCUCGGCUCAGGUGAGCGCGGUGGUGACCAAUCACAGCAUGGCCAACAACGGCAACGGGAACGGCGCUCUGGCCAUGGGGCUGUCGGGAGGCCAGAUCAUCAGCAGCUCUGGAGCGUAUCUGAUUGGAGGAAACUCCAUGGAUGGCUCCGCCCCUCACACCGCGGCUCAGACCACCAGAGCCUCCCCCGCCACGAUUGAAAUGGCGAUUGAGACGCUCCAAAAGUCUGAAGGUUUAUCCAGUCAGAGAAGUUCGCUGCUCAACAGCCAUCUGCAAUGGCUGCUGGAUAAUUACGAGACGGCCGAGGGUGUGAGUCUGCCCCGCUCCACCCUCUACAAUCACUACCUGCGCCACUGUCAGGAGCAGAAACUGGACCCCGUCAACGCCGCGUCCUUCGGGAAGCUCAUCCGCUCCAUCUUCAUGGGGUUGCGAACCCGCCGCUUAGGAACCCGAGGGAACUCGAAGUAUCACUAUUACGGGAUCCGCGUGAAGCCGGACUCUCCUCUGAACCGGUUGCAGGAGGACAUGCAGUACAUGGCGCUGAGACAGCAGCCCGUCCAGCAGAAGCAGAGAUUCAAGCCGGUGCCGAAGAUGGACGGUGUUUCAGGGGACAACUUCUCCAGCGGGGGGCAGCACACGCCCAGCGCUGCGGAGCAGACCUUCAUCGCUCAGAGCCAGCACCAUCAGCAGUUCUUGGACGGGUCCAGAGCUCUGCCAGAGUUUGUUGAACUUGACCUCGGAGAGCCUGUUGAAGGGGUCGGCCUGGAGGACGUCAAAGCCCUUCAGACGCUGUACAGAGAACACUGCGAGGCUAUUUUGGACGUAGUGGUGAACCUUCAGUUCAAUCUAAUCGAGAACUUGUGGCAGACUUUCUGGCGCUAUUCUCCAUCCAACUCCAUAGAGGGCGUCACCAUCACAGAAAACAGCGGUAUGAGCGAGAUCGAGGGCCGCCUGCCGCGGGCCAGACUGAUUCUGCUCUGCCGGAAUGAGGACGUGCUGAAGUGGAUGAACACCUGUGAUCACCUGAUGUAUCAGGCCCUCGUGGAGAUCCUCAUCCCUGACGUUCUGAGACCCAUUCCUAGUGCCUUGACUCAAGCCAUCCGUAAUUUUGCCAAAAGCCUUGAGGGCUGGCUCACCAACGCCAUGAGCAGCAUUCCCCAGAGGAUGAUCCAGACCAAGGUUUCCGCUGUUAGUGCCUUCGCUCAGACCCUCCGCAGAUACACGUCUCUGAACCAUCUGGCGCAGGCAGCACGUGCAGUCCUGCAAAACACCUCACAGAUCAACCAGAUGCUCAGCGACCUCAACCGCGUGGACUUCGCCAAUGUGCAGGAGCAGGCCUCAUGGGUGUGCCAGUGCGAAGAGGGCGUAGUUCAACGCCUUGAGCAGGACUUCAAGGCCACCCUCCAGCAGCAGAGCUCCUUGGAACAGUGGGCUGCUUGGCUGGACAACGUGGUCACUGAAGUGCUCAAGCCGUACGAGGAUAAACCCUCCCUCCCCAAAGCUGCACGCCAGUUCCUGCUCAAGUGGUCCUUCUACAGCUCUAUGGUCAUCAGAGAUUUGACCCUUCGCAGCGCUGCAAGUUUCGGCUCUUUCCACUUGAUCCGGCUGCUGUACGAUGAGUACAUGUUCUACCUGGUGGAGCACCGCGUCGCCCAGGCCACGGGAGAGACGCCCAUCGGAGUUAUGGGAGAGUUUCAGGACCUGAACACCAUGUCACCUGCCAACAUCGACAAAGAUGAGGUGAGCGAGAUGGACAGCGAUUUGGACGAGGAGAUCGAGGAGUCGGACGAGCCGCUGGCCAAGCGGGAGAAAGCGGAGACCGAGGUGAUUCAGGUGCUGCAGGUGGGCGCCAUGGAGGACGGCAGCAGCGCGGUGGUGGGCGUCGUUCAGCCCAGCAUGCUCAGCUCUUUGCCCCAGACCGCCGGCAAUCACACCGAGCACAUCCUCAGCUCGACCGGAACCAGCACCAUCCGCCACUGCGGCAGCGUGGGAAACACGUACGCCUCGGUGUGAAAGUCUACGCCAUCCCUUUGUUUCUCUCUCAUCCCAUCAAUCUCUUUCAGUUCUGUCUGCGAGACAUCCAUUCUUAUCCUCGGAUC